UAAGGGGGCGGGGCUCUGACAAUUAUCCAAUCAUCCGCGCCCCCGGAAAGGGAUGGGCAGUCGCUACGCAACGGCCGGUGGACUUCGCUUUUUUCUUCCCACAGCACUGUCAUCAGGUCUCUCCCGUCCAACGCCGCUUCAGGUCUGUUGGCCUCAGCACCCGUCCCUGUAUGACCUGCAGUGACCGUAGGAGUCGUAGGGAGGACGCCAGGACGCCCCGGAAGCCGGAAAUGGAUUCCGUGACCUUUGAUGAUGUGGUUGUGAAUUUCACCCUGGACGAGUGGGACCUGCUGGAUUAUUCCCAGAGGGAACUCUACCGAGAUGUUGUGGGGGAAAUCUUUAUGAGCUUGGCUUUUAUAGGGGAAAAAUGGAACCAGAACAUCGAAGAUUGGUACAGAAAUCAAGGGAGAAAUUUAAGCAGUCACAUUGUAGAAAGCCACUGUGAAAGUGAUGAAGGCGGUCAGUGUGGAGAAACCUUCACCGAGAUUCUAGAUCAGAAUUGGGACCAGAAAACCCUUCCUGAAGUGAAAUCCCAAGAAUGCCGUGUGUGUGGAGUAGUCUUCUUGCCUCUUUCAUCCCCAUCUGAACCCAUCGCAUCUCCCAUGGGUCAGGGAUUAAAUGAGUAUCAGGAAUUGGAAGGGAAACCACAUACAUGUAGACAGUGUGAGAAAGCCUUAGGCUGUUACUGCCCUUUCCAGAUUGAUGAUAGGAGUCAUACUGGAGAGAAAUCCCACGAAUGUCAAGGACACGAGGAAGCCUUCAUUUCUGUCACCAGCCUGGAAGGAUAUGUGAUAACACAUGCUGGAGGUGGACCACAUAAGUGUUCUGUGUGUGGGAAAGGCUUGCAGUAUCCAAGUUCACUUAGGAUCCACGAAAGGAUUCACACUGGAGAGAAGCCCUUUGAGUGUAACCAGUGUGGGAAAGCCUUCAGUUGUUUAGGUUCAGUUCGAAGACACCAAAGAACGCACACUGGAGAGAAACCCUAUACAUGUAAAGAGUGUGGAAAAGCCUUCAGUUCUCUCUCAGGCCUUCAGGGACACACAAUGCGGCACACUGGAGGUGGUCCUCAUAAAUGUAAGGAAUGUGGGAAGGUCUUUAACUCCCCCAGUGCACUGAAAAAACAUGAAAGAACUCACACAGGAGAGAAGCCAUAUCCAUGUAAGCAUUGUGGGAAAGGCUUCAUCUGCUCCACUUCAGUUCGAAAACAUGAAAGAACUCACACAGGGGAGAAACCCUAUGAAUGUAAGCAGUGUGGGAAAGCCUACAUUUCUCUUUCGGGCCUGCAAGGACACAUGAUAAGGCACACGGGAGAUGGGCCCUAUAAGUGUAAAUUUUGUAGGAAGGCCUUUGGCUCUCCCAGUGCAGUUCUGAGGCAUGAAAGUGCUCAUGUUGUGUAGGAUUCCUAUGAAUAAAGUUAUGGGAAAGCCUCUAUUUGUCUUUCAGGUGUUUAAAGAUAUGUAAUAACAUAAUGGAGGCUGAUCUGACAAAUGUAGGGUAUCUGAGGAAGCUGAAGAAAUUUUACUCUAAUUCAAGUACAGAACAAAAUUCACACCAGAGAGAAAUACUAUGAAUGUAAGGAAUGUGGGAAAGCUUUGAAACGUCAGUUUGUUUGGAGUGUAUGGGCUUACACUGGUAAAAAACCCUAUGAAUAAAAAUGAAAUGAAACUUUG